AUGUCGGCCCAUCGUGACGCUUACAGCGUCGCCUCCUCCCAGGCUUCCACCGUCACCCCCUUCAACACUGACGUCGCCUCCUCCGUCGCCUCGCUCGACUCAUCCAUCCCGACCUCCCCCGAGCCAUCGGACCUCGGCGACGAUGACAUCAAGCUCCCCUUCGUCUCGCACAAGGAUCGCCGUGGGCCCAACGGCUACCGCUUCGCCACCCAGUGCGCAACCGUAGAUGACCCCAACCACAAGGACCAGUACGGCUCCUCCUCCACGCCCAUCUACAUGUCCGCCACCUUCAAGGGCCUCCCCGGCGCCGAGUUCGACUACUCGCGCUCCGGCAACCCUACGCGCUCCAUGCUCCAGCACCACCUCUGUCAGCUCCAGAACUGCAAGUACAGCUUCGCUGUAUCCAGCGGCAUGGCCUGCCUCGACGUCAUCACCCGUAUCGUCAAGGCCGGUGAGCGCAUCAUCGCCGGCGACGAUCUCUACGGUGGUACCAACCGUCUGCUCGGAUACCUCGCCUCACACCAGAACAUCCACACCGACCACGUAGACACCACCGACGCCUCCAAGGUCGAGGAGAUGCUCCAGAAACGUGCCGCCGACGCCGCCGCCGGCCGCUGCGGCAAGGUCAGCAUGGUCCUCCUCGAGACCCCCACCAACCCGUGCCUCAAGAUCUGCGACCUCCAGCGCUGCGCUGCCGCCGCCAAGAAGUGGGCGCCCGACGCUGUUGUCGUCGUAGACAACACCAUGAUGUCCCCCUACCUCAUGAGGCCCCUCGAGCUCGGCGUCGACGUCGUCUAUGAUUCGGGCACCAAGUACCUCUCGGGCCACCACGACCUCAUGGCCGGAGUGAUCGCCUGCGACCGUGACGACCUCGGAAAGCAGAUCGCCUUCACCAUCAACUCGAUCGGAAACGCGCUCACGCCCAUGGACUCGUUCCUGCUCCUCCGCGGUAUCAAGACGCUCGCCGUGCGCAUGGAUCGCCAGCAGGCUUCCGCCAUCACCGUCGCCCACUACCUCGACUCGCUCGGCUUCAGGGUCAACUAUCCCGGCCUCGCGUCGCACCCGUCCAAGGCGGUGCACGACAAGCAGGCCGCCGGCCCCGGCUCGGUGCUCAGCUUUACCACGGGCGACAAGGCGCUCUCGGAACGCAUCGUGGGCGCCACGCGACUCUGGGGCAUCUCGGUCUCGUUUGGCUGCGUCAACAGUCUCAUCUCCAUGCCGUGCCUCAUGUCGCACGCUUCCAUCGACCCCAAGGUGCGCGCUGCGCGUGGCAUGCCCGAAGACCUCAUCCGCCUCUGCGUCGGUAUCGAGGAUGAGCGCGAUCUGCUUGAGGACCUCGAGAACGCGCUGCUCCAGGCCGGCGCCAUCCGUCGCAAGCCGUCCAACCGUGCCGCCCAGCUUGGGUCGGCCACCACCGACAGCUCUCGCGCAGCCUCGCCAGAUCUCAUCGCCUACGAACGCACGCCUUUGCAUACCGACACCGCUGCGCAGCACGACAAGGUGGGCAGCCUGGUCGACGACAUGAACCGCGCCAAGCUCGAGACGCGCGGCGGUGAGGGGGAACCUCGCCUCGCUCAGGACCAUCCGCCGCCGCCUACCUCGCUCGUCGUGAGCGCGCCGGGCAAGGUGAUCCUGUUCGGUGAGCACGCCGUGGUGCACGGCGUCACCGCCAUCGCCGGCUCCGUGGCGCUGCGAUGCUACGCCAGCGUCUCGCCGCGCGAGGACGCCAAGAUCUCGCUGGAUCUGCCGGACCUCGGCGUGGUACACACGUGGAGCCUCGACGAGCUGCCGUGGGCAGCGGUGCCCGAGUCGAUCCAGGCAGGCGGUGCGGUGCCCGACGCGCUCGACGCCGGUCUGGUCAGCGCCAUCGAAAAGGUGGUGGGCGACACGGUCAACGAGAGCGAGAGGAGCCACGCUGCUUCGAUUGCGUUCCUGGUGCUGUACCUGUGCAUCGUGGCGCGUCGCGCCGAUGCUCGUGCGCAGGCGUUUGUGCUGCGCUCGGCGCUGCCCAUCGGCGCGGGUCUCGGCUCGAGCGCCGCGCUGAGCUCGUGCCUGGCCGCUGCGCUCAACAUGCUUUACGGCCGCAUCCCCGCCCCCGCUCCGGGCGCCAGCGAGGUGUCCGCUGACCACUCGGCGUACGUGAACCAGUGGGCGUUCCUGUCCGAAAAGGUGAUCCACGGCACGCCGUCCGGCGUCGACAACUCGGUUGCCGUGCACGGUGGUGCGAUUGCCUUUACGCGCGCCCACCCGAGCAACACGCUGCGCGCCAACAAGAUGGAGAAGCUCAAGGGCUUUUCGUCGUUCCGCUUCCUGCUCGUCGACAGCUGCGUGGGCCGUGAGGGCAAGAAGCUCAUCGCGCACGUUGCGGCGCAGAAGGAGGCCGAGCCGGCGCGCGUCGAUGCGGCGCUGGCGCGCAUCCAGACGAUCGCGGACUCGGCGCAGCAGCUGCUGAGCGGCCGAUCGGGCGCGAGCCGCGCGGACCAGGUCGCGCAGCUGCGCAAGCUCAUCACGCUCAACCACGCCGAGCUUGUGGCGCUCGAGGUGUCGCAUCCGGCGCUCGAGCUGAUCAAGAACAAGACCGAAGCGUUUGGUGCCGGCGAGCUUGCCACCAAGCUCACGGGCGCCGGUGGCGGCGGUUGUGCCGUGACGCUGCUGCCGGAUGCGUUUGAGCAAGACAAGGUUCGCGAGCUUGUGGGCGAGCUCAGCGAUGCCGGCUUCAAGUGCUACGAGACGCGCGUCGGCGGCGACGGCUUUGGCGUGCGUCUGCCCACCAGUGCCGAGGACGCCGCCGAGGCCAGGAUCCGCUUCCAGCAGGUCAACCUCAGCGCCGAGCUGGCUGACUGGGCCGAAGCGCAGCAAGGCUGGGUGUUUGCCUGA